GGGGAGCAGUGAUUUAUAUAGGCUGUUUUCUCUGGGUGCCAGCAAAACCUGGGCAAGUGCAAGAAUGGAUUUUUGGUAAAUGAAAAGUUAACAGUUAGCCGAAUUGCACGGAAAACCCCAUCUCAGGAAAGGACCAGAGGAGAGUCUGCAAAAAGCAACCUAAAUUUGCAAGACCAUCACAGAUAGAAAAGCAUGGCACUUUCCCUGUGCCCACCAGUCGCCCAGCGACCCCGGAGGAUAAACAGCCACUCCCCAGGUCCAGAGGAUGUGAUGGAGCUGCUCGAGGAAGACCUCACCUGCCCCAUCUGCUGCAGCUUGUUUGAUGAUCCCCGGGUCUUGCCCUGCUCACACAACUUCUGUAAAAAAUGCCUGGAGGGCAUCUUGGAUGGCAACGUGCGCAACAUGUUGUGGCGCCCGGCCCCUUUCAAGUGCCCCACUUGCCGGAAAGAAGUCUCGGCGACCGGAGUCAGUAGCCUGCAGGUUAACUACUCACUCAAGGGAAUCGUGGAAAAGUACAACAGGAUCAAAGUCUCUCCCAAAAUGCCCGUGUGUAAGGGCCACGUGGGCCAGCCCCUCAACAUCUUCUGCCUGACAGACAUGCAGCUCAUCUGUGGGGUCUGCGCCACCCGGGGGGAACACACUAAGCACGUCUUCUGCUCCAUUGAAGACGCCUACGCUCAGGAGCGGAACGCCUUCGAGUCGCUGUUCCAGGGCUUUGAGACCUGGCGCCGGGGGGAUGCCCUCUCUCGCCUGGACAGCCUGGAGACAGGCAAGAGGAAAUCCCUGCAGCUCCUGACGAAGGACUCAGAUAAGGUGAAGGAGUUCUUUGAGAAGCUGCUGUAUACGCUGGAGCAGAAGAAGAAUGAGAUCCUGUCGGACUUCGAGACCAUGAAGCUGGAAGUGAUGCAAGCCUACGACCCAGAGAUCAACAAACUGAACACCAUCCUGCAGGAGCAGAGGAUGGCGUUCAACAUCGCCGAAGCCUUCAAAGACGUCUCCGAACCCAUCGUCUUUCUGCAACAGAUGCAGGAGUUUAGGGAGAAGAUCAAGGUGAUUAAAGAGACUCCUUUGCCAUCUUCUAACUUGCCUGCCAGCCCCAUGUUGAUCAAUUUUGAUACCAGCCACUGGGAGGGUAUAAAACUGGUAGAUGUGGACAAGCUGUCCCUGCCCCAAGAAGCAAGUAACUUCAUCGGCAAGAUUCCCUGGAGCUUCCAGCAGAUCUUUGUGGCACUUUCUCUCCUUGGCCUUCUGCUCCUCUUCACUCCAUCCAUGUCCUCUGACGGAUCAUUAUUUGACAAUCUUCUCGUUUGGAAGGGCUACAUCUCCAGCAUUGGCUCGUGCUAUCUGAUUGAAUCGACUGAGAUUGCCAACAGAGCAGUGGCUUAUUGGGAACAAGUGUCAGAAGGGAUUUUUCUUCUGACUGAAAGUUGUAAGAGUUACAGUUUUGUGGUGUUGAACAGUGUGGCAGAAUUUGUGUGCAGAUAUAAGCUAUUAUAAAGUCCACUGUAAGCCCCCCACCUCUGUGGCUGUCCUCUUUCACUAGCUGACCAAACUGUCUCAUGGUCUGAGAAUAAUGGACUUUGGACC